UAGAAUCAAUUAAGGUUUGGCAAUUCUUUCAAAAUCUUACAGUGUUCUGUGAGCACUGUACUUUAAGUAACUUUACCAUUCUUCCUUUAACAGCUUUAAGUUUGGAGUUCCAGCUGCGUGAGAACUAGAAGUAAUAUUAAGUACACUUUCAUAUGGGCUAAUGAUCUGAUCAUUUGAAAACGUUUUGAAGGAGUAAAGGUGUUAGAGCACUGGGUUAUUUAUCAGUAUUAACUAUUUAUUACUGUAUUAGUGAUUAUAUAGUUUUAGCAUGUAUGUUACAAAAGAAUUAUAUAUACGGUAUAUAAGCUCUACUGCUGAAUCUGGCCGGAUAUAUUUCCUAUGGUUAGAAGAAUAACGUCAUGCCGCAUUCAGGAAGUAUGCACAGCCUCGGUAUUAUAAUUGAGUUCUGUUGCCUGGGUGCUAGUUCCUGAAUUAUUUCAUUUAAAAAUUAUAAAGACAUUUUUUUUAAAAACUGACAUGUGAAGUUACCAAACAAUUAUGGGAUCCAGGAUCAAAGAAAAUCCUGAAGGAACAUUUUAUUGGUUCUUUGAAGCAUCCUGUCCCAUUGCCAAGGACAAAGAUCCUGAGGUUUUAUUUCAAUUCCCUGAAAAUUUCAAUGACCAGGAAUCCCAGCAAACUCUACCAAGAUUCUGCUUUCCCUAUGACGUUGAAAGGGUGAUAGAGUGCCCAGCAGUGCAGCACUUCACAUUUGUAUUGACAGAUCUGGAAGGCAAUCAGCGCUUUGGUUUCUGUCGUCUCACUUCCAGUUCCAGGACUUGUCUUUGUAUCCUCAGUUAUCUACCUUGGUUUGAAGUGUUCUACAAACUUCUGAAUAACCUGGCAGACUGUCUGACUAAGGGACAGAAAAAUGAAAUGAAGGAAUUGCUUUCAGCUCUCUACAAACAUCCCAUUCCUCAACCUGACAGCUCUGUUGUCCUCCAACUGGACCAGGAGCUGCAGCUCACCACAGUGGCUCUGCUCAAACAGCAGGGCAAGAAUAUUAAAGACCUGUCUAGUGGGAAUCUCGGGCUGCCAUAUUUCAUCGCACCAGACUUGGGAAGCCUGCCUACCAUACCUGAAAGUAGGAACCUUACAGAACUGGUGGUGACAGUGGAUGUCAGCAACCUUCUGCAUCUCUAUGCCAGUAUGCUAUUCGAGAGGAGAAUACUCAUCACUUCAAGCAAACUAAGCACACUGACUGCCUGUGUCCAUGCCACCAGUGCCAUGCUCUAUCCGAUGUACUGGCAGCACAUAUUCAUCCCAGUGCUGCCACCCCACCUGCUGGAUUACUGCUGUGCUCCAAUGCCCUACCUUAUUGGUGUCCACUCAAGUCUAAUGGAGAGAGUUAAGAGUCGGGCUUUAGAAGAUGUCAUCAUUCUGAAUGUUGACACAAACACUAUGGAAUCACCAUUCGAAGAUUUAAAGAAGAUUCCUUCAGAUGUGGUGUCACUUUUGAAGAUGAAACUAAAGAAACAGUCUGCCGCUACUGGGGAUGGCGUGGCGCGAGCAUUUCUGAGAGCACAAGCACUGCUCUUCGGGGGCUACCGGGAUGCACUUGUCUGUGAGUUGGACAACCAAAUUACAUUUUCCGAGGAAUCCUUUCUGAACCACAAAUCUAACACCAUGAUGCAAUUUCUAGAAAACGCAGUCCACCUACAAUUCUUCAAGCAGUUCAUCGAUAACCGUCUUGAAAAGUUAAACAGUGGGAAGCAAUUUGCAGAUGUUUUUGAGGAAGAAAUUAGCCACUGUGGGGUGUCUGCAGGAGGAUCAAAAUCAUAUCAGCAACUUGUGGGCAACUUAAAGAAAGGAGGUGGUGCAUUGAUCCUUACAGUGAAGUCCAGGGCUAAUCCUGCCAUGCUGAACAUGUAUAAAUGUGCCAAGGGCCAUGCCAAAUCAGGAUUGAAGGAGAUGAAAAACCGUCUAACAAACAAGGACUCUGGAGAUGAGCGGUGGUUACAGCGUGGGGGUUCCUUGCGUGCCGAUAAGGGAGGAGGACCCCAGUUCCAAAGAAGGAUACAGUCUGACUGCCUGCAGAGCCGCCUACCUAUCACACAGCACUUUGGCAAGUCUCGACCAAGACGUCCACCCCGAAGAUUUACAAGUCCACUAGAGGAAAAGGCAGAAGACAGGAAUAGUGCUUGGGCCCUGGGCUGGGAUGAGGAUUCUGGGUCAGCUGAUGGGGAAGGAAUGGGAGCUGGCAACGAACAAACUAAUCUGGAAGAUCCGGAUGAGCAAUUCUUCACUGUCUCAGAAGAAAUGGAUCUUCUAGGAGAAAUUUUUGACACACUGAGUUCACAGUCAUCCCAUGAACGAGGAUUACUUUACGGAACUCGCAGCCUAGAUGUCUUCAGUGCCGAUAAUGGGGACUACAUCACAAAGCUGAAAUCAGUCAACCCUAGCAAUGAAAGCUUGGUAUACUCUCCGUCACAGGCUGGGAGUCAGUUGAGCUGGGAACUUGAUGAAGCCGGUGAGAUUUCUUUGGAAAACAGAGAGAUGAGUACAGAGGAAAGUCCUGUAGUGGAAGAGACAACUGAUAAAGCUUCAAAAUCUGACAAGGAUCUCCCCACUCCUACUUCUUUAAAUGUACCCUGCACUUCAGGGUCACCUCAGAUGUCUGAAGGAAAACUUGCAAAUCGUAACAGUGGCAUGUGGGACAGAGGCCUAAUGGAUGAAGAGAAAUGCUUAAAAGAUGAAGAUAAUCUCUCCUCUCCCGUGGCAGAUAAAUCACCUUCCUCUGGAAUUCCCUGGGAGCUGUGUAAUGAAAUUAAAGACAAAUCUGAAAUUGACAAAGACUUUGAAAAAAUAAGAAAAGAGGAGUCUACAUCUGGGAAUCUCCAGGAAUCAGAAUAUACCUCAAAGCAAAGUGGCUUACAGGUUUCUAGAGGUUGCUCAGAAACCGAUACCCAGCAGAAUGAUGGGGAAUUAAAUACUCCUCCUGAAGCCACGAAAGUGAGCAAUUUAGAUGUGUCCACAAGCACAAAAGUGUCUGAAAAGGAAAUGGCAUCACAGUCAGUUCCUGAGGUCUUUGAGAAAAAGAAGGACAAAUGUCUGAGAGAUCGUGGCCCAGACAUCACUGUGACAAAUUCAACAUCUAGAGCAGAUUCAGAUGAAGAAAACAGAAGAGAAAACAAACCUUCACUGCCCAGGGUACAGUCAGCUGUAGCACUUUUUCAGUCCAAAGUUACAAAACCUGUAACUGAAGGGAAAGCUCAGCUACCUAUCAUCUCAACCAAACCUAUCCCUGGUCUGAAAACAGCUAGUUAUUUUUGUCGUAGCCCGGAAACUAUCCCAAGUAAAAUAUAUGCAGCACCAGUGACAGAUGUCUCACAGAAUGGAAUAUUAGUAACUUCAAUCAAAACAAUCAACCAAGACACAAAACAAGACGCAGGAGAGCGAGAUGGUGUUGAGACACCAUCACCUGCAAAUGAAGAAGACUUACCACCUGUUAAAAAAGUGUCCGAGCUAAAGAAAAGUGAUUAUGUUCUACAGUGUCCUGUACAUUCCAAGCACGUGGAGUGUAAAAUUGCAACGUUCAUGGACUAGGAUGACUGCUUUUACUUCACAUAACGGUGCUGGAUGACUAUAGUUCUUUAGCACAUACAAGAAAAUAAAUGUCAAUGCCUUCUCUUCCAACAACCUCUGAGCAUUUUGUUUGACAAAAUGAGCCUAAUAAUGCAACAACAAAUAUUAUGGAAUAGCCAAGCUCAAAAGAAGGUACUGUAACAAGAUAAAUGGUAAUCCUGUAAGCAGAACAAUUUCUUCUAAUAUAUUACAAAAGAACCAUAUUUUGCAUAUUUUGAUUAUCUGAUGAACCUUCAGAUGUGCAUUUUGGCAGAAUUCACUGCUGGUAGCCAUAUAUCAUUCAACUAGAGCCCGGUGUCAUUGUAUGGCAAGUUAGCUAUUGGUUCAUUUUUUAUACCACUUUUAAGUGAAAACAACACACCAAUUAUCUGUUAUGUUUAAUAUACUUUCACCAAUCCUUGAGGGUUUUUUAUGUGUUACUUAGCAUUAUUUUGUUCUUGUUCUUGAUUCCAGGACAAUGGAAAGACAAACAAGUUUGCUAUCCAUACUCUUUAUGCCUAACAAAGCAUUGGAUUUGUAGUUUUCCAGGCAUCAUGCAAUGUGCUAAGUUAAUGCUGUAGACUUCAAAGUCUAAUUAAGCUUAGGUGGUCUUCAUCAUUUACAGUAUAUGUUCUAAGUUGUUUCUCAAUUGUCAAUUCUGUUAGUCAGAUAAUGUGUUAUAUAUUUUUGCUGCGCAAUGCACAUAUUCUUUCUUCUUCCUCUUGUCAUUAUGAUCUAUUAAUGUUGCACAAUCUCCCGUAAAUAAGAGGCACUUCUAAAUUCAUGAAAGUUUGUGAUCUACUGUAAAAGCUUGUGGAAUGUUUUUGUGCAAUGAAGUCACGUUUAAUAUUGUAAAGUAGCUAUCUUACACUGAAAGACAAUAUAUUACCUUUGUAAAGAGAAGCUGCACAGUAAGAACUGCAUUUCUGCAAAUCCUAUAAACAUCUGAAAGCAUAUUUAAAUGAAAACAUUCAUAUUAUCACUUCUCACAAAUACAGUCUGUAAUCAUUGAAACCACUACUUUGUACCAAAAUAAAAUUCGGCGUGUGAGAAAAA